AUGUAUUUAAGGGAAGCUGUAUUACUUUUGCUAGUUAUAUUCUAUGGAUAUAUAACUCAAAUCGAUUCUAAAGUGGAGUUCACCAACAUAAAAUGCAUUUCGAAGGACAAGAGUUUCUUCGAGUUCGAGUAUUGUUACAUAAAAUCCGUAAAUCGGAGCUAUAAGUACAUAUCGCUUAAGACUAAUAUGUACCAGCUGCCGAUCAAAAAUGCUUCGGCCACCCUACAACUUUUCAAAAGAUUUCGAUCCUAUACCCCGAUCACCAUGAACGUGACCGUCGAUGUCUGCAAAUACAUGGCCUCCAACAUGAACUCGGGCAAUCCCAUGCUGAAACUUUACGCGGAGGCCACCAAGAAGUACAGCAACGUCCACCAUAAAUGUCCUUUCGAUCAUGAUCUGGUAGUUGAUAAGCUACCCACUCAGUUUCUGAACCAGCACUUCACCACUGUCCUGCCACUUCCCCCUGGAGACUACGCUUUCUUCAGCUCCUGGUACGUCAGAGGCGUCGAGCGGGGCAACAUCUGGAUAUAUGGCAUCAUAUCAUAA